UGUCCCUUCGAAGUCAUCCCCUUCCUCGCUAUCGCGCGUAUACUCGCGACGCGAGGUAUGCACGCCGUUACUCGCCUCCACGCGCGCUCUCUCUUUCUCCCUCUUCCUCGAUGCGGCGCUUGCUCGCUUUUUAUGGAAGAGCCGUAAGCCGGGGAUCUUCCACGCGAGGCUUUCUUGGGAGAGAGUUUUCCACCGCCUCGAAAUCUCUUCACCCUGCAUCGACGAUCGCGCACGUGUACGCAGCCAGCCAAUCGGAGAUCCUCGAUGAGUCAUCCAUGGGUGACGAUUGCGUGAUCUGCAGGAGUAAGCGAAAUGAAACGAAAGGAAAGCCAGCAUGCCGUUUCCUUCUGCCGUUGUGGUUUCUCGGAAUAUCCUUUGCGGUCACGACGGAACGGAUAAGGAUAUCUGGACGUAUGAGGCAACGCGUCCAGUGCCUUCAAAUCGACGCGACACCAGAAAACUUGGUAGAAUUUCAUUUUAUGCGACCUCAAAACUUUACGUUGACUUUAGAAGGACCACAGAAGAGCAAUGCUGACAUUGUCAAGAAUAUUGCCAGCAAAAAAAAUAUCAUUCACGCCUCUUCGGGGUGUAGCCGAGUCUGAUAAGAUAACCGCGUAUCCGUAUAUACGGAGCAUGAAGUUAAGGCAAACUUAUACGGUUCACUUUUGAUGAUCCUCACGGAUGAUUUAUUCAAAUCAAAUGUAUUUGAUAAAGAAGUUUUCCUUCCGAACGAAUAUCGAAAUUUUUUGGGCGAAACCUGUAAACAAAAUCAUCCAAUUGUUGUUAUUUUAAAUAAUAAAUAUAUUUUUCUUUCAAACCAGACA